AUAAUGUGUAACUUAUUGUUUUAUUGACGCCUUAAUAUUAGCUGAAUUAGUGUCGGAUUUCAUAUUUCACCCCAAAAUCAAAAUAAAUAUAUUUUGCAGAAAGGUAAUGAAGCAAAAGUAAUGUAUCCAUAAGAUUUUUUUUUUUUUUUUUUGCAUUGUGCAAUUAUUUUUGGCAAUUAAGUGCAUUUUCCCCAUCCUUAUUAGUGCAAAGCAAAAAAUGUGUGAAAAUAAAUAGUGAAGUAUUUCACUGAAAAAUAGUGCACUAUUGAACCUGUUAACCUCUGUGCAUUAGUAUUCACAGAAUGUAGAUGAUUCAUGCGGUACUCACAGUGAAUGAGCGCUCAGACCUGAACAGACUCUAUUGUUCUUGGAGUCAGCCAUCCUUGAUCUCGCAUGACUCCGAUACUGUACCAGCCAUCUACAGCAGAUUUGACUCAAUUUCCCAUUUAUUCGCAUUAAACGCUGUUUCUCAUACACAUCUCAAAAUUAACACUUACAUGCUUAUUUUAGCACCAAAACUCAUUCUAUUGCAUUUGUUAGGAUAUUAAAAAAAUGUUCAGAUGUGGCAAAAAAGUGUAAGAUGCUUAUGGCCGCUGACCCAAUUAAGAAACAAAGCUUUUAAAAGCGUCAGAUGUCCAGCCGCAUGCAGUGCUCCACUGAUAUCACAUGGAAGCAUUCUCCAGCUUCGUUCCUCAUUAAAAGAAGCUCAGCUUGGAAAAGAGCUUGUAAUCUCAAUGUGACUCAAAGUAAAAAAAAUAAGCCCCAAUAUGUCAAAUCAAGUAUUUUCCACUCAAACAAAAGGUUCUUCAGUAGUUAUUUGCAGCACUUUAGCUUCAGAACUAUACUUCUUUUUACUUUUUUUUUUUUUUUUUUUUAAUUGAAAUCUAUGGUUCUAUGGUAAGUAAAGAUGUUCUUGAUGUUUUCUUACAAGUUCUUCCAAUCUGUAUAUUGGUUUUUGGGUUCUCCUUAUAUUAAUAAUAAUAAAAUGCUUUUUGUUCAAAUGAUAAUUAUUAAGCAUAAUUAAUAAAUUAGUUUGAUCAAUUAGUACAAGUAAUAAUAAAUGUUAUUUUAUUCUGAUAACUCUUGCACAGCAUCACUAGGAAAUUUUGCACAUUUUUGUGUGUGUGUGUGUGUGCAUGGUCCUAAGUUAGGGGAGGGGCUGUUCAGCCAUAGAUGUAGGAUGUGGCUAUAUAAAGAGCGAUGCUUCUGAAGAUGUAAGUCAUUAAGGUGCCAACAACAAAGACACAAUGAAGCUACUUUCAAGAAUACUGAUAGUGACCUGUUUGUCUGUGGCUUUAACAAGACAAGUUGACAGAAGCAACUCGAAAUCCAGAUUCAAUCAAAAUCAGACAUGGAAUACAAAACGCUUCCCAGUUUGGAAAGAUGGAGACUCACUCAACAAAAACAGCUGGACAGGUGGACAACUGAAGUUUGAUGUGGGAAAUGAUGCACCCACCUUGACCGGUGCCAAAAUCACCUUCACCAUUGACAUUGUGUUCCCUCACAACCAGAAGGUCCUGCCAGAUGGACAAGUUGUUUGGGCACAAAACUGCACAAUCAACGGCACACAGUUCCAUGAAGGAGAGCCUGUCUAUCCUGAGGAGAACUCUGCAGAUGCAUGGAAUGCUGUGUUCCCUAAUGCUCCUCUCCUUCCCAGACAGGGGGACAAGCAACCUCCCUAUGUGUUUGUAUGGAAAACCUGGGGUAAAUACUGGCAAGUGUGCGACGGACCGUCCUCAUCACUGACCAUUGGCACUGAUGAUGUUCCUCUGGGCUCUUAUAUGAUGGAUGUUGUCAUCUAUCACUACAGGCAAAAAGAUAAAUUCAUCCCUAUUGGAUACGCAUCUACACAGUUUAGUAUCACCGACCAGAUUCCCUUUGCGGUUUCCCUGACUCAGGUAAAUGACAAAGAUGAAGGUGAUCGGAUAUUCAUCCAGAACAGAGCGGUGGCCUUCAGCAUCACCAUUCAUGACCCCAGCCAAUACCUGAGCAAAUCAGACGUGACUUUUAACUGGAAUUUCGGGGAUGGCAGUGGCACUGUAAUCUCCAGGGAACUGACCGUCACUCACACUUACAUUACAUCUGGUGCCUUCAAGCCUCAAGUUGUCGUACAAGCAGCUAUUCCGGAUUCAUCUUGUGCAACUCCACCAAACCUUCCAACUGAGGCUCAUCCCACUACCAACACCUUCACCUCUGAGAGCCCCAUUCGCCCAACUGAACACAUCACUACAGAUCAUGCUACCAAUCAGUCUUCAGCUCCCAUUCUGAAAUCCACUUCUGCAUCUACAAUGAAAAUGAUUCCACCUGCACCUACAAAUGAAGUUCCAACAAGAUCCAGCCUUGAGAAGGUCUUUGACCUUAGAUCUGGAUCUAAGACAUCUGAAACACUGAAGACAACUACUACUGCUGACAUGGAGGCGAUUGUGGAGGAAGACAACAUUGACCAGGACCAUGUAUCAAUAAUAAAGCGUCAGGUCCCAAACACACUCAGUGACUGUGUGAUUUACCGUUAUGGAUCCUUCUCAACUGAUAUUGAGAUUAUCGAGGGCAUUGAAAGUGUGCAGAUCGUCCAGGUGGCCGUAGCUGAUGGUUUACUGCUAACAGAGAUGGAGCAGAAUGCUGUUGAUUUCACUGUUUCCUGCCAAGGAAGCCUCCCCACUGAAGUGUGCACUGUAGUGUCGGAUGCAGACUGCCAUAUGCCAGUUACGACCAUCUGCAAUGCUGUGAGCCCCUCCUCAGACUGCCAACUCAUCCUUCGACACUUCUUCAACGACUCUGGGAUCUUCUGUAUCAAUGUGUCUAUGACGAAUGAUGUCAGUAUGGCGGUCACAAAUGCCAGGGUUAAUAUUAACAUAGCAGGUUCUAGGUUGACAUCUGCAGGUGCCGCUGCCCUGUUGUUAGGAAUCCUGACUGUUGCAACAGCAUUGGGUGCUGUGGCCUUUGCAUAUAAGCGUCUUAAAGGGUAUCAAAGGCUGACCGAGGUCCCUGCAUGCCAAUCCAACAACGCUGGAGUGAGCUCUAUACCAGCGCUCUUCUGGAGCCUGAUGAACCAGCAGAUGGUGGAUCAGAAAAAAGGAGUAGUGUGAAUUUUACUUAAAAACUAAUGAAAAUUCAACUGAAAAAGUAAUGUUACGUUAGCACUAUCUUGAAUUGUGUAAAAGCAUAAACCUUUUUUACCAUUCCAUUUUUUUUAAUCUUUAAUGUUUCAAUUUGGAUUUUUGUAUUUUUAUACACAUAUUUGACCCUAAAUCAUUUUUCUACAAAGACUUGUUUUUAAUUACAGCAUUUGUCUUAAAUUUUGUACUUUAAACUUGAAGGGGAAACUAUUGCCAUUUGGGCCAACAAAGCAUAUUCAACAAUAUGUUAACAGUUAAA